AUGACGGCGGUCAUGUCGCCUGCCUCCUCUCCAGCAACAUCGCCGCCAGUUACCUCCUCAGCCUCGCCGCCGCCAAAUCCCGCCGCGACCCAUCCUGCACUCCCUCCGCUCAUCACCUCGCCGCCGUCUCGGCGGUCCACGCUGUCGAGACCAAUGUCGCACGCCUCUAGGAACCGUCUGUCGCAGUACUCGACUGGUUCGAUACCGUCGAGGUCACGACCUGUGUCUCACAUGUAUCCGAUAUAUCCCUCCAGCCUCCCGUAUACGCUUGUGCGCGACUUUGCGUACCCUCCCGGCCAUCCUAUGCACUAUGGCCCGCCACCAGAACCCUCGCGUCCGCCGUCCGGCAUGACAACUCCUGCCAGCGAGUCGCAAAGGCGUCUUUCGGACCCGCCCAUGUCCUGGGAGACCAAGCUCAGCUGGGAAACUGGCUAUUGGGGCGGCGGGGAAGGAUUGGACCGUGGGAACGACCUUGCGCCCAUCCAUCUUGGCGAUGGCCCUCCCUGGAGCGAGGACGAAGACCUGCAGAGUCCUGUUGUCAGCUCGCGACACAGGAAGCACAAGUCGACCUCGGCAGCUUAUGCUGGCAGGCAACGAGCCGCCAAGGAGGCCGGCGAAGGAGGCUCGAGCAUCCUCAACCCCAAUAACUUCGACCAGGACCGAGGCUACUACAUCGGCACAAGUGGUGACGGGAGCGAGCGGUAUUAUGUUAAUCAAGGCGAGGAAGCCAACGGGCCGGGAGGAGAAUAUGUCACAUAUCCGCCGAACCAGGCGAGGCAUUCUCUGAAUCCCUAUCAUUUGGCUGAGCAGCAGCCGCGCCAGUAUGCCAAUCCUGGCGCCGAUUAUCAGUCUGAUUCUGACGAGUCUAGUGCGAGCUCUUCGCCCCAAUUCCACGAGGACCAGUCGAGAUACUCUCGAGACUACCAAUUCACCAUCACGUCGCCAGACGAAGAAAUGCACGGCAAGGCCGUUGCCCUGUUCGACUUUGAGAGGGAAAACGAGAACGAGCUUCCAUUGGUCGAGGGUCAGAUCAUCUGGGUCUCGUACAGGCACGGGCAGGGCUGGUUGGUCGCUGAGGACCCCAAGACGCAGGAGAGCGGCCUUGUACCGGAGGAAUAUGUGCGGCUGUUGCGGGAUAUCGAGGGCGGAAUGACGAGCCUCACUGGGCAGACGGUGGACGCGGUCUUCGGCAGUCCCAAUGAUGUCGGUACGCCGACUCAGGCGGAUCACCAGAGCUUUGGUCACACGCCGACUGCGAGCAAUGCUUCCAAUGGCUACCACCAACCCGUCGUGUCCACUUUCUCGACCUCGAGCAAGGAUCUGGACCCAUAUCCGCAACAUCUCCUGGGUACCCAGGCAGGACAGCAGCCGCCGCAGGUCGUGCAUUAUCACGGACAGCGUGGAGGCAGUCAGGCAAACACACCUACACUACAAUAUCACCAGGAUGUUGGUAUGAUGCGCCGAGGAAGCCAGGAUACCAGCGGGAAGAAGAGCGACGCGAACACGGCCUCUGGACUGGAGACACUGCCUGACGCGAAGCUCGAAUCUUCGAAGACUCCGGUUCAGGCCACCGCCGAGGAAGAAGGAGAAGGAGAGGAUGAAGCCAAGUGA